AUGAGCCCUGCGACGAGCACAGUGCCUGCCGCACCUUCCACAGCCUCUACCGGUGCAGAAAGUCAACUGCCUUAUGGGCGAAGCCGUAAACAGGUAUCGCGUGCGUGCGAUUGGUGCCGUGUAAGAAGGAUUCGUUGCGAUAAUGAGCAGCCCUGCAAAGCCUGCCGCCAGAGAGGUGCACAGUGCACUCAGAAUGGUGGCGAUGGCCCAAGAACUCUCCCCCAGGCUCUGAGGGAAAUCGACAAAUUGAAGGCCCGCGUCAGGGAAUUGGAGUCGGAGCUGGCUGCCUACAAGUCCCAGCCAAGGACGGUUGCUGCCAUUACACCUGUGUCACCCUCUGACCAGUCCUCUCCAGUCCAGUCUGUCAAGUCACAGGUGCAGCAUACGGCUGUGGUGAAGCCCCGCUGGGAAGGUAUAUAUGUCGCCACAGCACGGUCAGACCAACCCUCCUACUAUGGCCCCUCGUCCAUCUACUACUUCGUAAGUCGCAUUGGGUGCUAUCUUGGCAAGGCCUUGCAACAGCCUCACGCAGACAAAAGCUUCCAGACCAGAGGUGGGAGCAAGAACAUGCACGAGACUGACUCGCCGGAUGACAAUGCGAGACAAGACCCAACGGAAAUUGUGUCCGGCACUGACGCACGCUGGGGUGCGCUUAGACGUGUUCAUGAGGAAGCCUUGCUCAAGCUCUUCUGGGAAGGCUACCACUGCUUUAUGCCCAUUGUUGAUGAGACUGAAUUCCGGCAGCAUUAUGCUUCUCUGUGGGAGCCGUCCCGCACAACGAGAAAACAGUCGCCCCUUGUAGACAUCAUUCUCGCGUUAUCCUUGCAAUAUGGGUAUGCGUUCAUUCCCCGGAAUGCUACCCAUCUUGCCGACCACGAUGAGGCGUACGGGGAUUCCGCGGUCGCAGGGCGGUGGUAUUACCGCAGAUCACAGGCCUUGCUGAAUGCAGACCUUGAGAGCCCCUCCCUCACAACUGUGCAGUGCUACCUUUUCAGCAUUUGCUAUCUCUGCUGUGCCUCGUUCCAGAACAUGUGCCAUAUUGUGCACGGUCAGGCUGUCAGAGCUGGCCAAAUAUUGGGCCUGCAUUUGGAGCCUCCCGCGGAUACGCCUCAUGGGGAGCGUGAGUUGCGGAAACGGGUGUGGUGGCAUGUUCUUUUACUGGAAGCCAAGAUUUCUACUAAACUUGGCCGUCCAUUUUUACUUGAACUGGGCCAAGUAAGUAGUAUGUCAAGACCUUCCGACGACUUGGCCACCGCAACCUACAACAACUCCAGUCUAGGAGCGUAUGGACCUGGUCCCGACAUUACCUGGCUCUCGUUUUCUAGCCAUAAUAUCCAGCUCUUCUUAACAAUGGCCAGCAUUUACGAGGUACUGUACGACAAGUGUGGAGAGGCAAUCCACCAAAACAACAUCACCUCGAUUUACGCCGAUCCCAACGUGCUCGAGUCAUGUGCCAAGGUUCUCGCUGCCAGGAUGCCCAUCUUGAGAGCCUGGGCAGAUAAUGUACCUGAACAGCUGAAGAUGCGACGCCGCUCAAUGGGAGAGCCCUUCUCUACGGACCGCUCUGCCGUCGAGAUUGAUCCUUUGGCGCCGAUGUGGGUGCAGCGCCAGCGUGUCUGGCUGGAGUUGCUGUACCAUACCACGGCCCUCAACCUCACGCGCCCUUUCAUCACGUUCUACUCUCACUCCAGCUGCUAUACCCCAACUGCGGAACAGCUAGCGAACAUCGCUGUCGAUCAUGCCAUCUCUUACACUCUCAUCAUGCACCAGGUCGUUUUCGAGUCAGACCUCUUGUGCGGUUGGAAUGAAUUCUUCUUCUUGCAGUGGAGUGCUGCCAUGACCAUUGUGGGCUUCAUCCUUGCCUAUCCCAUCCAUCCUGCCACGCCCAAGGCACGACAGGCUUUGGAUAAGGCAAUUGCUAUCUUUGACAAUUUCGCCCCCAACUUCCCCGUCAGUGCCGACGCAGCACGUAUUGUCCGCAACCUGGUAUCCAAGGCUGAUUUACUUGCCGGCGGCGCUGAGCCCACCAAGGCAAUCGAGGCUCCAGUUGCUCCCCUGGGGAUUGCUCCCAUCCCCGAGACAGGUAACAACCAUGUUCCUGCCAACGACAACCUCGCUUGGCUUGAUCCAAGUCGCCAAGAUGAUAGUGUUCAAUUUAACCAGUUCAUGGACUGGGCGAUGUCAGUCGAUGCUUAUAACAAUUUCGACAAUUUCUUUGAUGCGUCCAAUCCAGUGGAUGCUUGGGCAUUCGGGCAGGGCGCAGGAGGCGUCCAAUAA